UCGCCCGGCUGGCCUCCCUCCCUGUUCCUGGGAGAAUGCCAGUGGUUUGCUGACAGAAUUUAUACGGGCUCAGCAGAGAGGAGGCCAGGAUUUGUGAAGGAGGCCCGCUCCGCUUCGACUCGGUUCGGCUAAGGUACAAUGCGUGCCCCGAGUGAGAUCGGUGACAUGGGAGAUUGGACGAGCGACAAUCGAUGUGAGAACGACAAGGCGUGAAAGAGAAGAAAUUGACGGGGAGAUCCAUUUCGGGGCACAGUUGAUUUAACACAGCCGCCAUUUUGUUGUCACUUCAUGUUUUUUUUCCCUUUUUCAAAAUGUAAAAUUUUCUUGCUCGAAAGCUAAUUUAUCAAGGAAAUCGCCACCGGUUUGUGCUACUUUAAUUGUAUUUAAUUGUUGACUUUCCCAAAGUGGACGGCUCUUGGACUUCCACCAUCACAGCACAGUGCCUAUGUAUAUGAUAGAAGGAAGGGUAGCUAGCUAGCUUGAUUUAUUAAAAAAAAGAUGUAACUACUUAAACGCCUGACAAGAGAGAUGGCAUAGAUACAGCUUGCACUAGCACACCAAAGCUCACAUGUUGCAGCAUUGCCGGUUAGACGUGAGAUGCUGUCAUUGUGUAUUAUACUGGCACUCUGAUUAAGAAAUAAACAUUAUCUCAGCGCCCUGAAUGAACUGUUGGAACGGAGAACAGCUGCGAGGAAACCACUUACAGUAUCGACCUACCGUUGGGGGAGAGAAGAAUCAACAAUCAUCUGGUUGAUCGGACGACAUUUCUACGGAUGCUUGGUGCUAACAUUUAGCGCGCAUUAUUUUCUAAUUUCUGAUCUGUGUGGUGGUGGUGGUGGUCAGGGGAUACAUUUCCCCUGUCACAAUGUCUACUGGGACGUGAGCGUUGCAUGGCCGAAUUCCUAGUUGGUCACCUACAACUACCUUUUUUUCAAUUUUUAUCAUUAAAAACCUUUUACCUCGAUGACACACUGAGGUGUUUGCAUUAUGCCAAGGAUGAGGACCCUUCGGUAAAGCGUGAUUCAUACCUACCAAUUCUGAUGGACACGUCAGUUUAUUAUUUUUGUCGGUCGCAUCAUUUAGGAUGUUUGUCUAAUCGCUCUGAAGAGACCUUUUUGGCAUUAUUUGGACAAAACGGCAGUUGCAGCAAACACGACUACUAUGUUGAUGCGCAGUAACGGGAUUUCACUCAAAAUGAUGUGAGCAUUGCAUUUUAUUAAUUUUUGGGACUCUUCAAGUUUGAAUGACAGUGAAAGAAGACCAUUCCUUUGGAAGACAUGUGUCUCCAGUGAAGGAGGAUUGCUGCUUCAUCACUGAUCAUCACCUUCAGCCUCCCAGCCUUGAUUUUGUUCUUCCCCAGUGUUCCUUAGAACGCAUAAACCUUCAAAACCCUUUAUAAGUUUUUCCCUCAAAUCAUUGAUGGAUCAGAGGACUCAGGGGGGGCCUGAAGCUGUGCCCCCCCUCCCACUUACAGCUCCUUCAGGAGUGGGAGAGGAAGGAGAGCUGUGUGGGAAGAUGGAGGUGGAGAAGCAAGAGGAGGAAAAAGGGACAGCCCUGCCAGAUGCCAGCAAAUUGAGGAGUGGCCCCAACGACCAGAAACCCUUACAGCCUCAGUUCUCUGUUAAGGAGACCACCCUUUCAGAAGGGGGGGUCCGGCUCAAAAUUGGGCUCCAAGCCAAACGCACAAAGAAACCUCCCAAGAUCUUGGAGAACUAUGUAUGCAGACCGGCCAUCAGGACAUGUGUGCGGCCUGGUCCUGGGCGCGGAGGUGGGGGCGGGGUCAGUGGUGGGCGGGGUGGCAGCGUCGGAAUGGGCAUCAAGCACGCAUACAGCCCUCUGCAGAACCUCACCUACAGCCCAAAUACCAGCCAGCCACCCCUUCCUUCCUCAUCUCUAUCUGCCGCCACACCUGCUCCUCCUCCUCUUGCUCCACCUGCUACCCCACCAACCCCAGUCCAUGGGGAGGCUCCAGGAAAAAGGGGUCCCCUGAAGCUCACCCACAAAUUUGAGAUGAAGUCUGACAUCUGUACAGAGAGACCCUUGAAUCUCCACCGUCCUGCUGCUGAUUGUGAGCCCCCCCUCCCUGGGAAGAAAAGCCCUAUUCUCCAAAUGACCCACCUGAGCUCUUUGACUCCAGCACCCUCCUCGUCCAGUUCGGAGAUGCCUGACUUUAAAAGUGAAGUGACCAAUAUAAAACCACAGUUGAGCCAUGAGAAUGACAGGGACAAGGAGAAAGCUGUGUUAAAUGGAGGAACUCCCACCGUCACUGAAAAACUGGCCCAGCUCAUUGCCACUUGCCCACCCUCCAAGUCCAGUAAGGCUAAGGUUUGUAAAAUCACUUCCUCCACUGCUCUCAUUGCAAACACAGCUGUUAACAGUCUGACAUCUGGCACACAAUGGCUAGAUCCUUCUGCACUAAUCAAAGCAGGAAAGUCUUCCCCUGUGAGUAACUCCCAACAGUCCCACUUGCCACCUCCUGUCUUGCACUCUCCUGGCCGCCUAUCCCGUCACAAGGACAGCAUUUUGGAAAAGUUUUCGGGAACAUCUCGGAAAAUGGAAGCCAAUGGAGUUGGAAGGGUGGGAAGUGACGAUAGUGGUUCUACAGGUGUUAAUGGUGACAGCACUGUUAUGGCUGUAAAAACCAGCCAGAGCAGCAGUAGCAACAGCAAUAAGUCACAGGGACACACCCCUGUCCCGUCAUUGUUAUCAUUCUCAUUAGAUCGGAGAGGAGAAGGUGCAGCAGAAUAUCGGCAAGGGAGUACUCCUAUAUUCAGCACCAUUUCCCGAGGUGGUCCCUUGCAGGCAACUGAAAGUCAUGCAAGAACAGAUGAAGAGGACAGGUAUGGAUCCAAAGAGUAUCAGCUACAACUCUUGAGCAAACGCUCCUCUUCUUUGGGAGCUCAGAAAAAUGACUCUAGCACCAUUGGGGAGAUAUUAGCUCCUGGACAUGAAAACAGAAAGAAUGCAGCUCCUGUCAAACCUAGAAGUCCAAACAGGGACAAAAACACUAGUGGAGCAACCAUUUCUGAAUCCACAAGACCCAUGGCCUUUCCUAUGAACUCUUCUGCUACAAGCAGCCCAUCCCUGUGUUCAGAGGGUACCCUCAGUGUGUUUCCUGGCUCCCCCGCAGAGCAUGAUUGCAAACCCCUGAAGAAGCGAAAAGGCAGGCGUCCACGCUGGACUCGGGUUGUGAAUCGCACCCACAGGUUGGCACAGACUAGUGUUGCUGAUCAAGACCCACCAUGUUUGCAUACAUCCACAUCCCUUUCCCAACCGCUGCAUAAACCCAGGCCAGUCGGUCGGCCCCCUAAUCCAAACCGAACUUCCACUUCUAUUUCCCAGCUCUUUACUGGUCCACCCAGAAAGAGAGGACGACCAAGGUCAAAAAUGCCUAGACUGGAUAUUCCUCGCCCUGGUCACACACUUAAAAUGCCCUCUUCUAAAGUAUACUCUCUGCUGAAGUCCAAGGAGGAGCAGGAUCCUCCCAUUUUGCAUCCAGAGGUGGACCUGAAUCCUCCAAAAGUGAUGCCCAGAAAACGUGGGCGGCCAAAGCGCUUGCCUCCAACCCUGCCACAAGAGGCUCAGCCCCCAACUCUGGAUCCUGAGGAGAGAGGAGGAAUGGGGCGGGGGAUGGAACCAGAGAGUUCCCUAUGCAGGAGGAGCAGUGGGCAGCAUAUAAUGAGAACAAUCAUUGGCAAAAUUAAUAAGAUGAGGUCCAUGAAACGAAAGCGCCUCCUCAAACAGAUUCUACUGGGUCCCGGGGCUGAAUCAGAGGAGGAAUCCACUACUGUGUCCCCUGGAGGGGUCAUUGGAUCUGUAACGGCAGCCACACACUCCUUAUCAUCCCUGGCAGCUUCUUUUGGGGGGAGAUUAGGUUCCCAAAUUAAUGUUAGCAAGAAGGGGACAAUAUACAUGGGAAAAAGGAGAGGACGCAAGCCAAAAGUAAUAACUAACACCUCUGUUAGUGCCCCUUCUCUCCCUGCUGAACCUCUACUGCCCACAACUUCUGCUUUGCCUUUGCAGCACCAUCAAUUGAAGUCUCAACAACCUCAACAACAAAUGCCAUCCUCUGACAUGUUUCCCUCACCAUCUCUCUCACAAUCCAGUGGAGGGCAAAGUCCCAAUAGUGACAUCGGCUUUGUGGGCUCAGGUACAGUUCACCUCUCAUCACACACAUCUUGUAGCUAUGUUCGCCAUUCCCUCUCCCAAUUGCCCUCAUCUUCAACCUCUUCCAGUCGGCUCCUAUCAAGCUUGGGUUCCUCCAGUACCUCUCUAAAAAAGCCCAUGUGUCGGGGAUAUUACCAUCAUGAUUACCGGCAACAGCACCUUUAUCGCAAGCUCUCUCCCACCCCACCCCUUCUACCUGCGUCUCCAGCACACCUGAGUGAGCUAAAGGAAGCAACACCUUCACCUGUCAGUGAGUCCCACAGUGAUGAGACUGUACCCAGCGAUAGUGGCAUAGGAACAGACAACAACAGCACUUCUGACCGGGGAGAGAAAGGGGGAGGAGUUGGUAGACUGGGAAGCAUAAGCAUAUCCCAGGGAAUGUCAGGAGGGCUUGUCAUGCCUGAGGCAAUAGGGUCAUUGGUUGGGAUGGUGGCUGAAGGAAAUCCCAGAGAAAGACGCAAACAUUGUUCUUCAGUGUUGCUGGACCGUCCAUCAGCUGCUUUCUCCUCCUUAAGCCAUGGGGAUUCUCCAGACAUCUGUCGGACUCACUUGACCCCACCUUCCUCAGCAUUGACCCUUGGUCAUAAAGAGAAACACAGGCACAAGUGCAAGCGACGGGCCCAUAGCUGCCAGGGGCAUGACAAACUGAAAAGACAGAAACGCAAACGCAAGAAGAAAUACCUGCAGCUUAGGUCUUGCAGACAAGAUCCAGAUUUCUUGGCUGAACUCGAGGACAUAGUUGUGAGACUGAGUGAGAUUCGGAUAGUUCACCGCAGCACAUCUGUAGGGCUAAAGAAUGGAUCAGAUAUAGGAACAGGCAUAGGAGGUCAUGGAGGAGGAAGUGGCAGCAAAGGUCUUCCAUCUCAUCACUAUGUACAUAGAGAUCUUCUCCCGACCAUCUUCAGAAUAAACUUCAGUGGAUUCUACUCUCCACACCCUGCUUACCCAUGUGACACUCUGCACUAUGUCCGUAAGCCUGACCUCAAGAAGAAGCGAGGUCGUCCACCAAAACUGCGUCAAGCUAUGGCUGAGGUACCAUUUGUUCAUGGGAUGGGGUUCCCUCUCUCUGGGGCUGGGUUCUAUCACCCCUCCUAUAGUGUUCCCUAUUCCUCAUCCUCUUUAGGAUUGGGUUAUUACAGAGGGUACUCUCCAGCAGCAGCUCUCUAUCCACAUCCACACGCUUCUCCACACCAAGCCCACCACUCUGCAUCAUUCCCUCCCCCGCCUCCAUCUCCAUAUAUACACCACCACCCAUCACACCUCCUGCUGAAUCAAACUAAAUUUCACAAGAAGAAACACAAGCUCCUGCGACAGGAGUUUUUGGGAGGGGGCCGGUCCCCCAUGUUGUACUCUUCUGUGCCCCCAGAACUUUCCUGUGGCUGGCUUCAUAAACAUAAGCGGAGACAUAAGCAUCGGGAUUGGCGUGGUGAAGAUGGCAUGGUAGACAUAGGAGAUGGAGCCACCGGAAGCACGGGGAGGCAUAGUACGAGUGCUAGGGAAUUUGCACAGUCUCGCCAGUGCUACCAGUAUGGCAAGGAUUCCACUGCUUCUGCCAGCAAUGAUAGUUUAGCAACUGCACCCUUAGUUAAUUCCCCUUCCUCCUCCUCCUCCUCAUCAUCAGCAGCAGAAAGAUAUAAGCAUAAGGAAAGUCCUCUUUCCUGCCUGAGCUCCUCUUGUUUAUCCUCUGGAGGGAGAAGUAGGGGCCACUAUCACCAGGAGCUUUGGCAGAGGAAUGGUGGCUCUGAUGUUGAUUGCACUAACUUGUCUAGGAGCUCCAGGUUCAACCAAGAAUCUUUCCCAGGGGGACAGCCAUUGAAUCUCACUGGUGACUCCGACAGUGAGGAAGAGGAGCCCUUGGUUCGACCAAAAUCUCUGCAGGCGUGCACUCCUGCACAGCAUACAAACUUGUUCUCUGCCCUGAGUCGCAAUGCUCUGAGUGGGGGAGAUGGCAAGAGUGGAGCAGGGAGCACACUAACCUUUUCUGGACUGCACAGGGUGCUCAGGAAAGACCGACACUUAUCGACUGAGAGGCGAGACACAGAAUCUGUGCCGGGUGCCAAAACCUGUGGGUGUCACUCUACUACUCCUGAAUGUCCAGGAGGGGUAUUGCACACCUGUUGCAGCACUAGCCCCCCAGUGAGCCAGCUGUGUGCCCCCUCCCCCACAUGCUGCUCUGCCUGUCAUCCCUGCUGCACCUCUGAAGUGCCCAGCAGUGGAGAGGGCCAUGGCCCUGGGAGGCCGUCGAGUCACGAGAGGGGAAGCAGCGGAAGUCGGCAAGCGAGCCCCUCCCUGCACUCCCCCCAGCCGGCUUACUCUGACCCCGCUUUUCAUGGGACGGGUCGUAUUAGUGGUGGAGAGUCCAUCACCUCAUCUCCACGUCCAAACCAGCUGCCAACCUCGUUGUACCCCUAUCCCCGGUCCCCCGGCCUGGCCAGUGACAGCAUUCUCUCCACCAAGCGCAGCCUGACCCAUGUUAACAAAAUCCUCCGGGCCAAGAAGUUGCAGCGACAGGCGCGCACUGGCAACAACAUGGUGAAGAAGCGGCGCCCGGGGCGCCCCAGGAAGCACCCCCUGCCUUACCACCCACCAGAGUCUGUGACCCCUCCACCUGGCCUUGGGGUGGCCGGGCAAGCCACAGACGACACUGUCUCAAAUGUGAUAGAGGCGGUGGUGCAGGGCCAGCGUGGCAAAGGUCAAAAGAGGAAACGUUUGGGAAGAGACAGAGACGAAGAUGAGGGAGAGGGUGAGGAGCAGCAGGAGGAUGAACCGCCUGAGCAAGAGGUGGACUCUGAGCAGAGGGGUGAAUCGUCUGAGAAGAACUCUGCAGAAGGGUGGCUCCCCCAGGAGGAGGUGCAACACUUGCACAGGGGUGUGGCUGAACCUUGCCUCUUAUUACCCCCCAGCCCCCGUAGCCAGAUCCUGCAGCUGAAGAAGGAAAGAUUGGUGUAUAUACCCGAGGAGCAUCCAUUUGGCCUCCUCCCAGCGCCUAUCCACGUCGGGAAACACCUGAGACUAAAACGGAGGGACUUCCAGCUGCCUUAUGACAUCCUGUGGUUAUGGAAACAUGAUCAGCUGUAUAAGAAGCCUGACGUUCCACUGUACAAGAAGAUCCGCUCCAAUGUGUAUGUGGAUGUAAAGCCUCUAUCUGGGUAUGAAGCCACUACCUGUAACUGCAACCUGCCCCAGGACCCCAGUGAAAAGGGCUGCACAGAGGACUGCCUAAACAGGAUGAUAUUUGCAGAGUGCUCCCCAAGUACAUGCCCCUGUGAAGAGCACUGCGACAAUCAGCGCGUCCAGCGGCAUGAAUGGGUGCAGUGCCUGGAGCGCUUCCGCGCCGAGGGCAAGGGCUGGGGCAUCCGCACCAAGGAGCCACUGCGGGCCGGCCAGUUCAUCAUCGAGUACCUGGGUGAGGUGGUCAGCGAGCAGGAGUUCAGGAACCGCAUGAUAGAACAGUACUCGUCACAUAGUGACCACUAUUGCCUGAACCUGGACAGUGGUAUGGUGAUCGACAGCUACCGUAUGGGCAAUGAGGCCCGAUUCAUCAACCACAGCUGUGAGCCCAACUGUGAGAUGCAGAAGUGGUCGGUCAAUGGGGUCUACCGGAUCGGCCUCUUUGCCCUGAAGGAUAUGAGCAGCGGCACAGAGCUCACCUACGACUACAACUUCCACUCCUUCAACACGGACGAUCAGCAAGUUUGCCGGUGUGGCUCGGAACAAUGCCGGGGCAUUAUUGGGGGCAAGAGCCAGCGGGUCAGUGCCCUGCCAGGGAAGACAGGACGGGGGCUGACCCUCAAAGAGAAGAGGAAGCCGAAGCAGCAGCUAAAGAAGCGGGAGGAAGAGGCCAGCGAGAGUGGGAAGUUCAGCUCUCACGUGCUCAUGAAGCCGAUGUCUAACAGGGAGAGGAAUUUUGUGCUGAAGCACGGGGUGUUUCUUGUGCGGAACUGGGAGCGGGUUCGAGAGAAACAGGAGAUGUUGAAGAGGGAGGCAGAAGGUGACAGGGAAGGCUGUGGCCUGUCACUGUACUCCCGCUGGGGAGGGGUCAUCCGGGAUGAUGGAAACAUCAAGUCAGAUGUGUUCCUGACGCAGUUUUCAGCACUGCAAACGUCACGGUCGGUGCGCACGCGGAGGCUGGCUGCUGCUGAGGAAAACACAGAAGUGACACGCACUGCCCGCUUGGCGCACAUCCUCAAGGAGAUCUCUGACAUGAUCAUCAGCUACAAGGACUCAACCAAUCAGAUGCUUGCUGCUCCAUUGCUCACUCUGCCCUCUAGGAAACGGAAUGCACAGUACUAUGAGAAAGUGUCAGACCCGCUGGACCUUAGUACCAUUGAGAAGCAAAUCCUCACAGGACACUACAAAACUGUGGAAGCCUUUGACACUGACAUGCUCAAAGUGUUUCGAAAUGCAGAGAAGUUCUAUGGGAGAAAGUCAGCCAUUGGCCGGGAUGUGUGCCGACUGCGUAAGGCUUACUAUGGGGCGCGCCACGAGGCUGCUGUGCAGAUUGACGAGAUCAUGGGGGAGACGGCCAGUGAGGCUGACAGCUCCGACUCCCUGGACCGGGACCAUGGCAACACCAGCCACCAGCACGGGGGCGGGGCAUCAGGCCCCCACGACAAGGACGAAGAUGUCAUCCGCUGCAUCUGCGGGAUGUACAAAGACGAGGGCCUUAUGAUCCAGUGUGAGAAAUGCUUGGUAUGGCAGCACUGCGACUGCAUGCGUGUGGAGGCCGAGGUGGAGCACUAUCUAUGUGAGCAGUGUGACCCACGGCCAAUGGACAGGGAAGUACCCAUGGUGCCACAACCAAGCUACGCCCAGUCUGGAUCCAUCUACUACAUCUGCUUGCUGCGUGAUGACCUGCUGCUGCACCAAGGUGAUUGCGUGUACCUGAUGAGGGACAGUCGACGCACUCAGGAUGGUCAGCCGGUCAGACAGUCCUACCGCCUCCUGUCUCACAUAAACAGGGACAAGCUGGAUAUCUUUCGCAUCGAGAAGCUCUGGAAGAAUGAGAAUGGUGAGCGCUUUGCGUUUGGCCACCACUACUUCCGGCCUCAUGAGACACACCACUCGCCCUCACGCCGCUUCUACCACAACGAGCUCUUCCGGGUUCCGCUGUAUGAGAUCAUCCCACUAGAGGCAGUGGUGGGCACCUGCUGUGUCCUCGACCUCUACACCUACUGCAAGGGGCGGCCCAAGAGUGUGAAGGAGCAGGAUGUUUAUAUCUGCGACUACCGGCUGGACAAGUCAGCUCACCUCUUCUACAAGAUCCACCGCAACCGCUACCCCGCGUGCACCAAGCCGUACGCCUUCAGCCACUUUCCCAAGCGGCUAGCCCCCAAGAGGGAUUUUUCACCGCACCAUGUGCCUGACAGCUACAGGAGGAACGGAGGACGACCGUCCUGGAAAAGCGAGCGGCCCAAGCUGGCCUCAGCAGGCGUGGGGGGUCACCCGUCCCCAGGUGAUACAGGUGGGGGGCCACGCUUCAGCGGCGAGGAGGGCGACUCAGACACUCCCAGCGACACCCUCCCACGGUCCCGUUCCACCAUGAUGUCUCCAGCCCCUCCUGUGCAGGAGUGUGUUGCCGAUGAUCAAGGGGACCAGGGCGAGAGACUGAGUUUCUCCUCUGCUUCCGUAACCCUCCCUGAAUCUGAAAGGAGGGAGGUACAGAGGCAGCGUCUGAACAAGAUUCUGCUGAAUCUUCUGCAUCAAACGCCUAGCAAGACCACUAUAGAUGUGACCUACCUCCUGGAGGAGGGACCAGGGCGCCGCCUGCGCAGACGGACACUAGGAUUAGCUGACUUCAGCGGCAGGAAAUGAUGCCACCACAUGCACUUAUAGCUUGGGGAAGAAGCAGCAGGGGAAAAACUUUGCACUGUCACCUCCUCAAGUCUGUCUUCUCUGUUUUCUCCAAAGGAGAUGAAAAUACACAGAAGGACAUUAUGGAUAGCUAGAAGACAGAAUAUAGCCUGAGAGAACCAUGGCGAUGGAAGGGCUAAGGGUAAGGACUCAGACACGCAGAGCGAUGUACUGUAUUACAGACAGUACAAUCUAUCCGAAACGUGUAACAAAAACCCCAGCUGCAGCAGAAGGUCCUCGAUAAAAACUUGAAAUAAAGUGGUAACACUAUAAAGCAGGAAGUAAACACAGAAAAACUGGCAAGCCUCAGCACAGUCACAGAAAAACUAGGAGGGUGGGAGAUGUCACAGGGUGAUAUGGUGACCUGUAGUGCCACACAGGGACCUGUGUCAUAAUCUGAGAAUGACCUAUAAGCUGAUGAAUCCUCAGAUAUAUUUAGCAGAGUUAUGAUGAUGGAGAAGAUGAAGGACCUGUGCUUGAAGGGCAUGAAUUCACAGGACUGACGUGUAGGUGAAGUAGCACAGGUUGGCGGUCUCUGUCUCUCUCUCUCUCUCUCUCUCUCUCUCUCUCACUUGAGCAGUCAGCUCACGGGGAGAACAGAGCUCUGGGAGCACAGUGGCCAGCAUGUAUGCUUUCAUACAUUCAUCUGUGCAUGCUCAUUUGGCAUGACUUCAUAGACUCUUAUGGGUGUAAGAGUUGAUAAAUGCUUAAAGUCACAUGCCAAAAUAAAAGAAGAUAUGUGAGACUAACACAGGUUUUGAGUAUGUGAGCAUGGGCAAGGUUGUUUGUGAAAGAUUGCUCAUAAGGCCGUUUUUCCCAGAGAGUCUUUUUUUUUUGUUUCCAUGGUAAAAUUUAUGUUUUCAUUUUAAAGUUUAAUAAGGUUAUGGAUGACCUGGGACAAGACUGUAGGAAAUCCACUGGACUGAUCCAUUCUGUCCAAUUUGGACUGUCAAAAUAAGGCUGGCCUAACAAAUUGUUGCAAGCUAAGUUGCUUAGUGUUGCUGGUGUAGGCUACAAUGGAGUCUGAAAUAGCAAUAUCAUAUGGUAGAUUUGGUUUUUCAUGUAUUGUACAGGAUCCGGACAAUGGAGCCUACUUGUAUUAUUAUUAAUAUUACUAUUAUUGUUAUUAAUAAUUUUGCUGCGGUUGCUAGUAUUGUUGUCAAAUGUAAGCUUGACGCAGCAAGAAGGUGUUUAUCUUGUGACAUACAAUUUCCUUAAGCAUUUUUUUUUUUGCAUAUAUAUUAAUUGUAUCUAAAUGCUGAGGAAGUGGGGGUGGGGAACAAAGAGGAGACAAAUUUCGUAUAAGAUGGAAGAUGGGGAGGCAGUAACCUACUGUCCUGUUCAUGAUUCCUGAGGAGGACUUUAACCCCUGAUUUGCUGCAAAAGUGUUGAACACUAAAAAAGCAACCCAACAUGGUGAUGUAUUGAUAUUUGUAAGAGGCAAAAAAAAAAAAAGUUAACUCGAUAUCAUAUCUUUUUAAUAAAAACUAUUCUAAUUUUGUGAAAGCUGUAAUAAAUGUGUUGCUUGUAUUUCUGUGUGCAUUUGUGUAAUUUUAUUUUUGUUAAUUUUUUAGACAAUCGCAAAAAACUAAUGCUAAUUUAAAUGGACAGACUGAUGGACAUUGUGUGGGAUUCAAAAGUUUGUCCCGAGUUCUUCCACUCUGGUUAAAAGUUUGUAAUUAUGAUUCUAAAGUCUUGACAAUGCUCUUUGUUUUUACUUUUUAUAUUUUAUUCAUUUUUUUUAAAUAAACACUACGUUACAGUAAA